AGACUAUGUAUAUAUGUGGUUUACUACGUACGAAGUACUACGUAUAUGUUUUGGAUAUAUAUGCAGACUUGGAGAGUAAUUAAUUUAAAUGUUGUUAGGUACUCCGUAUUAUUUAAAGAAUAGAAAAACGAUUGAUUCCAUUGGAGAUGCAAUCGGAUUGAAAUUGGAUGUCCGUCCAUAUCAGCUUCACGGGCCGUCUAUAGCGAUUACGUGUCCAUUUUUUGUGUGGUGCAAUCCACAUUGCCAUUAAAGAUGCUCUUAAUUAACGAAAAUCACAUGCCCUGGAAUAACCUAACCUAGUUCCGCUUCUAUAUACACCCCCGUAAACACCCAACCCAAUCUCCCUUCUGCUUAGGCCGUUCGUCUAAUACGUUGAGGUUGGUCGAUUAUUACCAACUGGUCUUCUUAUUUGAUCGUGUCUUGUAUUUUCUGUUCGUGCAUAUCUUAUUCUAUAUUAUCAGCAGUGAAUAGAUCAAGCUUAGAGGGUGUUGUUGAGGUUCAAUCUUUAUCAGUUCUUUCAUUUUUUUUUGGUUUGUGUUUUUGUCCUACACUAAAUAGGAACGAUGAGGUUGGAGAAGUGCUGGUUUUGCUCAUCCACUAUAUACCCUGGCCAUGGUAUACAGUUUGUUAGGAAUGAUGCAAAGAUUUUUAGGUUCUGUAGAUCUAAAUGUCACAAGAACUUUAAGAUGAAGAGAAAUCCACGCAAGGUCAAGUGGACUAAGGCGUAUAGGCGGUUGCAUGGAAAAGACAUGACACAGGACUCAACCUUUGAAUUUGAGAGGAAGCGAAACAGGCCCGAAAGAUAUGACAAGAAUGUAACAGAGAACACUUUGAAGGCCAUUAAGAAAAUUGUUAAAGUCAGGGAUGAUAGGGAGGCUACUCAUCACAAGAACAGGAAGAGACCUAAGAUUAAAUAUGUCCAGAAAGUUGAUGCAAAGGAACUUGCACAGAGUAUCCACAUGGUCAAAGCCCCUUCGGCUCUCCAAAAAGAUCCUUCGCUCACCUUGCCAAUCAAGGUCAAGGUCUCACAACAGUCCAAAGAAAACCGCAUGGAGGAGUAACGUCCAUCUCUGCCUGUCCUUGUCAUUACUCAUUGCAGACAUUGGGCAUUCCUUACUAUAUCCGAUCCUUACUGUUAUUGUUGGUACCCUUUUUGCUUUAGGUGCUAAAAGUCUCAUAUCAUUAUAUUAUGUACUACAAGGAAAAAUGGUGUUUGAUCAACUUCAUCAAGUACAACCUUGUUUUGGUUUUGGUAUGAUCAACGGACAAAUCAUGAAUUUUUAUUCAUAUUUUUGAAAUUAUUUGUUACUUAAGGCAAUGUAUCAUAUGCAACUCUUAUUUUGCAAGUUACAUGGAAAAGUAAUGUAGAUUGCAGACAAACUUACAAUCAUCCAUUCAACCAUGGCAUGUAGACAUAAACGAUAAGAUGUGAU